UUGAUAUUAUUUUCAAGAUUACUAGAUAGACUUGUAUUAGAAAUGUCUGAAAGUGUGGCGAAGUGUCCGAAAUAAUAAAAUUAAUUUUUUUAUGGACAUGUAUAUGAAAUGUUGGACAUAUAUCCGAGGAGUGCAGUGUCUGACACGGAUACGGCUCUUUCGUAAAAAUGUCCAUGCUUCUUAAGAUUUGACUUACCCUUGCUUUGGAAUUGGACUUUAAAAAAAUAAUAAUAAUUAAAAUUAAUUUUACUUAUUAUUAUUAUUAUUAUGUGCUAAGAGAAGGUUACAAUAUGGAAUCAAAACAAUCACUGCUUGCUAGGGCCAUAAUAGUCAGAUAUGCUCAACAACCGUUUAGUCACUGUAUUAGCAACCUCAUUGUCAAGUCGACAAACAAGACUAAUGUGAGCUGUGGAAAUAAUAAAGAGUCACGUGUGAUACUACACACAAGCUUUGGAAGAAUUACUAGAAUUAUAGAGUCAAACCAAAUUAAACCGAUCAAUUACGGUUUGAUUCAGUUCUACUAGUUCUAAAGGUUCGGUUGGCCUAUAAUAUUUAUGAAACUGUAAAAUUGGUUAGGUUUUGAUUUAUCUUAGAAUUGAAACAAAAUUAGAACAAACCGAACUUGUGUAGGCUCUUAAUGCCUAUAGAAUUAUUUAACUUUGUGUUAAAAUCAAGUUUUAAUAAGAAUAUGCGUGACUAAAGUUAUUCUACGUUCUACUUUUCGAAAAUUAGAAAAAUAAAAGUUAUUCUGAGUUUUGAGUUAAAUUGACUUGGACAAGGGAAAUUUAAAAAAAAUAAAUAAAUAAAAAGAAGAAGAAGAAGAAGACUUGUUAAAUAAUUUUUUUUUUUACAUGAGAUUAUAAGACAGUUAUUCUAAGUUUUGAGUUAAAUUGACUUGGACAAUGAAAAAAAAAAAAGAAGAAGAAGAAAGAAGAAGAAGACUUGUUGAAUAAAUUUUUUCUUACAUGACUGAGAAAUUAGAAUGUACCUCCAAUAUAUUAUUAAAAAUGGUUAAUUUCAAUGAUACCUCUCUAAGUUUAGUUAAAUAUCACAUUGAAAUAUCUUUAAAAAAUAACUAUCACUUUCAGUACAAACAUUUGGUCUUUUUUCACUUACACUCCAAAAGUUAAUUGGGAGGCUGACGUGAGAAAAGCUAGGCCAUAAAAGUUUUGGACUGCAUGGAUUGGAGGAAUAGUGGAAUGGACUGAAUCCAUGCCUGUGUCAAUUGUGACUUGGUUUUACUAGCUUUCAUUUCCUAACGUUGUCUCAAGACUCGUGGAACAUUUUUUUAUUUUCCAAUUUAUUUAUUUCCUAAAAAAAAAAAAAAAAAGGUACAACAGUACAGCUUACCUUUGGUUGGCAUUCAAAUAUACUUGAGACUUGGGUUAAGUGAAUGUUCAUCAAUUGUGUUUUCUGUAGAAGACACACUGAUCCUAUUCUUUGGCUGUCAAUUAUGAUGUAGGUCAUGGUUCUUUACAAGCUCUAAAAAUUGUUUUGGAAACAGGUUCCAUCAUCACUUAGGCCUCCAAUGCUCUUGUGAGAAAAUCUCUUAAGAUCUUCAUUGUUAGGCUAAGAUUGGCUGGGUCAAGGGAUACCACUGCUAACUGCAACAACCACAUUAUAAGACCAUUUGAAACAUCUUUGGCUGCUAUUUCCAUUGAUAUUGUCAUUAGAUGCUACACACUUCUCCUCUAUGUUGUCACUGAUAUAAAUAUAUAUAAUAUAUAUUUUUUAGGCUGCGGUAGAGCACACAAUGCCGUAUGCACGGUAGGUCUGAGGUCGAAUGUUAUAAAAGACGUAUCUUACUCUUACUUGGACACUAACUGAUUUUUAUUUUGUGGAUUCAUCUUGAAGAUUGAUUAGCCAUUUGUUCUUCCAUCUUCACACUAAAAGGUAGUGGAGAUUUGGUUCAUCGUUAAAGAUUAAAAGUUCUUUAAGAGCCUUUAGUUAAUACUUGUGUUUUUAUCUUAAGUUUAUUUUUGAGUAAUACUACAUAGUCCUAUUUUUUUUUUUAAGGUAAAGAAGUUUCAUUGUAAGAAUUUUUAUUCACAAGUCCGAGAGGUACUUUUCUUUAUUUAUUAUUUAUUAGAAACUUAUACACUUAUUUUGUUCCGGCCUCUUUAACAUUUAAUUAUUAAUAUUAUUAUUAUUAUUUAGAGUAAAUUUGUUCUUGUCUCUUUAACCUUUUAUUAUUAUUAUUAUUAUUAUUAUUUACAGUAAAUCAUACUAACGCCUUGUCAAGUUUACCGAAUUGCUAAGGGAGUUGUUCUUCUAAAUGCUGAAAAGCCUACACACAACAAUACGUUAAAAUUUUGAAUAAAGUAUCAAUUUACCCUUAAUUUUAUAUUAAUGCUUAUUUAAUAAAAAAUCUUACAACUAAAUAACUAAAAAAACCCAAUUCCCUUAUUAUUAUUAUUGCUAUUUUUUUUUUUUAAUUACCUUCACUGUCGAUCUGAAAGACUGAAACGUGUCCCAAGAACAAAAUAGCCAACCAGCUUCAGGUGACUUGUUUGAUAUAUACACAUCUGUGUGUGUGUGUGUGCGUGUGCGUGUGUGUGUGUGUAUAUAUAUAUAUAUAGAGAGAGAGUGAGAGAGAGGAGCUGAAAGAUGAUGAAAAGAAGUGUCAUUGCGGCCGCAAAUUUUAGAAAUGGUGGUGCUCUCUCUCUCCAGAAAGUUAGCUGUAAGUCGACAACUUCUCUUAAGCAUUGUCUUAUUUUCUUCAUUCAUUAUCCCUUUGCUAGUGAUAAUUUAAGGGCUUCGUUUCAUUCCCAAACUGGUCAAGAUCAAACCCUCACAAUAUGAGUAGUAGAACCGGAUUUAUUAAGUCUCCGAGAAAUCGAAGUCUGUUUGAUUUUACCAACCUUGACGAUGCACUCAAAUUGUUUGAUGAAAUGUCUCAAAUGCGACCUCUUCCUUCAAUUGUGCAUUUUACUAAAUUGUUAGGGGCCAUUGUGAGAAUGAAACAUUACACCUCUGCAAUUUCUUUACUUAAUCAGAUGGAAUCCUCAAGAAUGGUAGAGCCAAACGAAUAUUCUCUGGGCAUCUUGAUGAAUUGUUACUGCCAUUUGAAUCGGGUUGAUUUGGGUUUCUCUGUUCUAGGGAGGACUUUGAAGCUUGGUUAUGAAGUGAACUGUGUGAUGCUCAUCACUUUAAUAAGGGGAUUCUGUAUCGUGGAUAAAAUAGGUCAGGCAGUAAAGUUGUUUAAUGACAUGGUGACAAAAGGAUUUCGACCUGAUAUAGUUACUUGCGGAACGAUUAUAAAUGGGUUUUGCAAAACAGGGAAUGCUAGGGCUGCAAUAGAGUUGGUUGAGAAGAUGGAAGAGAGAAAUUGGGAAACCAAUGUCAUUGUUUAUAACAUGAUCAUUGACGGUCUUUGUAAGGACAGACUGGUAGCUGAGGCUUUCCAACUCUUUUCAGAAAUGAUCCGUAAAGGGAUUUCACCAACCGUUGUCACUUACAACUCCUUAAUCCACGGCCUAUGCAAUUCAAACCAGUGGAAAGAGGCUACAAGGUUGUUGAAUGAAAUGGUGAACCGAAAUAUCAAACCGAAUGUACAAACCUUCACUAUUUUGGUGGAUGCACUUUGUAAGGAAGGGAAGGUUACAGAAGCUGCAGAAAUAGUUGAAUUGAUGAUUCAAAGAGGCGAGGAGCCUAAUACAGUCACGUACAGUGCACUGAUGGAUGGAUAUUGUUUGCAAAGCAAAAUUCACGAGGCAAAGAAGAUAUUUGAUUUGAUGGUUACUAGGGGUUGUGCACCUAAUAUUCAUAGCUAUAACAUCUUGAUUAAUGGGUACUGUAAGAAAAGAAGAAUGGCUAAGGCUAUAAGACUUUUUCAUGAAAUUUCUCAGAUGGGAUUGGUUCCUAAUACUGUUACUUACACCACUCUUAUGGGUGGUUUCUGCCAUGCUGGAAAACCUCUAGCCGCGCAACAACUUCUGAAUGAGAUGCAAGCCCAUGGCCAACAUCCUAAUCUUAUGACCUACUCUACUUUGUUAGAUGGAUUGUGUAAGAACCAAUGUCUUGCUGAGGCAAUGGCCUUAUUUCGAGAGAUGGAAGAAAGUGGACUACAUCCUAAUAUUGUGGUUUACAACAUCCUUAUUGAUGGUAUGUGCAAAGCUGGAAACAUUAAAGGUGCAAGGGAAUUCUUUUAUGGUCUUUCUUCCAAAAGGUUGCAACUUGAUGUUCACACAUAUAAUAUCAUGAUCAAUGGACUUUGUAAGGGUGGGUUGUUAAGCGAAGCAAACAUGUUGCUCAAGAAAACGGAAGAGAGUGGUUGCUCACCCAAUGGUAUCACUUAUAAUAUAAUUGUGCAGGGAUUUCUUCGAAACAAUGAGACGUUAAGGGCAAUGCAACUCCUUCAAGAAAUGGUUGAGAAAGGAUUCUCUGCAGAUGCAUGUACUAUGACCCUAUUAUUGAAUUUGUCAAAUAAUAGUGGAUUGGAUGAGUCAGUUUUGGAGAUGCUCAAUAAGUUUCUGUGAUCUAUAUUGGGUUUUCAAAUAUUAGGUAGAAGUUUCAUGUUUUGUUGGCCUUGCAGUGUGGUGUAUGUAUGGCCUAUUGAUGCUUGCAUCAGUGUCUUGUUCAUGUUUCAUGGGUGGAAUUAUUUUUCCAUGAGAAGUAUGAAGGAGAGAACCUUACAUAGUUGGGUGAUGUUUGGGAACUUGAGAAUUAUGCCGGAGGGAUUUGUAUGAAACUGGUUGAUAGAUGGGAUAAGGAAGGUGGCUUGGAGAUUCUGAAGAAAGCAAAGUUGCUGCUUAAGCAUAUAGGAAUGAUCCCAAAGAGAGGCAAGUUUACCAAACAGUGUAUGCUUAUCUGCUCUGCCUUUGUAUGUAAGAAUGUUUCAAGAAUGGCACCUCAUCAACUUCAUUUUCCUUUCUUGAUGUCAAUAUUAUAACCAUCCCAUUAAGGGGAAGAAAAAAAAAGUUACCUCUUUCGAAUCCAUCAGACCUUUUAGAUGUUAUUUUCUUGUAAAAUCAGAAGAAAUUGUUUUGAAUUCUCAGAUUUAUAU